GUCAAGCGCUGCCCAAUCACUGAACAAUGAGGCUCCAACGGGAGUUGUUUUUGUAUAAAAUACAAAUAGCUGACCUUGGUCGAUAUUGAAUAGCCAUGACGGUAUUAGGACAAAGCUGAGAGUAAAAAAAUGAAACCUGUGGGAAAAGGCAAGCGAAAAAACGAGCGUAAAGGACGGUCCAAAACCCCCAAAACAGAAAAUAAACUGGAUGUUUCGAGUUCUGAGAAGGAGAAAGACAAAGAAACAGAUGAAAUUGUGUCAUCGUCGUCCCUUGACGAUGUAAGCGGCGAUAAUAAUGGUGACGAGAUCGACCUGAACAUUGGUCCUGAAGCCUUCCUCGGCUUCGAUGACAUCUCCAUAUAUAAUGAUAACCCACCAGACGACGCAACUUUCCCUAUCGAAGAACUCUCAGAUUUGGCCCCUGGAAUGGGCUUGAUGUCACUAGUGGUUGGAGAGGGACCGCAGGCAGAAAACCUGAAGGGCAUGAUCUCUAACCAGACGGUGGCCCACGAGGUGAGGGUAUGUCGUCUGGAGGAGGCGUUCGAGGCCUGUAACGUGCAGUGUUACCUCCUGAUCUGGGUGCUCAUUGACAUGCCUGUGGCCCAGGGAGUCCUUAGUCUCACCACCUCCAUCCGGUAUGCAAGUAGUUGCAACAGAGGAACCGUCAUCAUCGGCGUAUCUGAUGGCUCAGCUGUUGCUGAUUUGAGAUUACAUGGAAUCGAUGAAAUAAUUCUCCAUCCUGUUACCAACAAAGACGUACGUGAGAAAUACACGAACUGGACGUCAACACAAAUCACUACAGUGGACACGAAAGAUACACAGGAGAGUGAACCUCCAGAAUUUUCAGAACCGGCAACGCCAUCAACCCCUGCGACUCCGACAACACCAUCCACACCUGCCUCCGAAAGUGGGGACGGAUCUAGUGUGGCGAUAUCUUUGGACAGUGGUAUAGAAUCCCCUGCAUUUAACCAGACUUUAAACAAGUGCUCAGUGCAACUGCCGUCAUUUUCUCAACUUAAAGCCAUGGUACCCAAACUAAGACAAAACAAACCACCUAGGAAUAGCAGUGCUAUUGACCACACAACAAAGGAGAAAGUUAGAAGAGAACGAAUUAAAGACAGCUGUGACCAGUUGAGAGUUUUGUUACCUUACGUCAGGGGCCGCAAAACAGACAUGGCUUCCAUACUGGAAAUGUGUGUAGAGUAUCUGAAACUUGUUAAUGAAUCACUGCCCCAGGAAUUUCAAAAUCAGAUAGCUGAACUGAUGACAAAAGGUCCUUUAAUUGAGGGAAUAGGUAGAAAUGGGAAGAGAUGUGAAAAAGGAGGAAAAUCUACCAGAGUACCAAUGUCCCCAGGGGAGUCCAACAUAGUGACGUCAUCUAUAGACUCAGAACAAUUGAGCAAUGAAGAGUCUAAACAGACAGGUUUCAAAAGAGAUUUGGUGGAUGGAAAUGGAAGCCAGUUCCCAGUGAAAAGGAUCCGAAUCCAGUCAGGAACAGAGGAAUACAGUCAUGUCCAGAAACCUCAGACUGUGCUGCCCUCUAUUGAAGCCCUGAAAGUCACAAAGAAAGAAAAUAACUUCUCUGGGCUAGACCAUACCCCCUAUUCUGGAUACCCCUAUCACCAGCUCUCUCCUCAUCUACUGUAUGGUGAGUACGAUCCCCCCUGUCGUGUGUAUGGUGCUUAUGACGGAUACAUCGCCCCUCCUUACUACACCCCCACCACCCCCAACAAACAGCAGAUGGAGCGAGAGAGUGUCUACAUGGACAGCCAGAUGCUGUUUCACUUCUACAGCAAUGGAGCCAUGGCCAGCGGCUUCAACAUGAGUGGUCUAACGGAUUAUGUCAAUCCUAAUGCAGUGUUGCCUAUUGCAUACAGCAAAAGUAAACCAGAUGAUUUGCAGGAGCAAUCUUCUCCAGUUUCUCAUACCAAACCUGGAUAAUUUAUACCAAAUAUAGAUUCAGUAGACUAAGUAUUGACCAAAGUUUUGACCAAAUAUAGGACCUGCCAAAAAAAAUUCCAAAGGAUGGGGAGAAAGGUAUAUUACCAUUCCAAAAAUUAAUUAUAAUAAAUUAAAAAAUCAACAAGGGUUAUAUUUAAACUAGUGCCAUCAUUCAGAUUUAGAUGAUGGGCUUUGUUGUUGUUGAUAUUUUAUUGUUUUUCUUCUGUAGUCAAAAGAAAAGAAAGAAUCUGGUUUGUGUUUAGACUAUUAUUUGCUUUGUUAAAUUUGGUUGCUGCAGCAACUGAUACUUUUUUUGUUUUGUUUCACACUGCAGACUAAAGACAGUCGUCAGAUAUGUUAAUUUUAUUUUUUUUGUAUUUGCUCAUCUGAGUAGAAAGCACAGGAGAGCUUUUCUUGUGAAAAUUUUUUUUGAAAUGUCCGCUAAUUUGUUACGUUUUUGACUUCUUCUUUAAACCUUCUGCACAAUAUUA